UAUGAGGAAAAUCACAUAAUAAAGAGAGAGAAAUUUGCUUCUAGCAUGGUUCCAUGUAAAUUCGUACAUUUCUUAAUCCUUGUUUUCAACUUGUUUGUUUUGUAUUGUUGUACUUUAAAUUUUUGUUUAAAUAGAGUUUCAUAUAAGUGAGAGAACUACUGCUGGAUACCAGAUAUAAUCCUUUUGA